GUUGUUGAUGACGUUCCCCUCUAAUAAUAUAGUUUGUUUCUUUCUACAAAUUUAAUUAAAUAGACUCAAAGAAUGAUAAGUUAUUAAAGAAUCAUGAGUGAUAAUAUAAAGCAUGCCACUUUCUUAACUGUGGAAAAGAAGUUUCGACAGGGUGAAGUUGUUGUGGCUAUUUUAGAAGCAUACCAGAUUGUUGGAGCAGAACAUCAAAAUCGUAUUUUAGCUGUUGUAAAAUCAGGCAGUUCAUCAGCUCUCUUCUCAUUUGAUUGUUAUAAUUACCCACCAAUUAAUCUAUCGGAUCUACAUAUUACUUCAGUUCUUCCAAUAAAUGAAACAUUUUUGAUUGACAAUUCGACUGCUGGAUAUGGAGUUUCAUCACAUCAAUUUCAAAUAAUGAGCGGAAAUGAGAAUUUGACGUACUAUUACUAUCCAGAUGAAGAAACGUUAAGAAGCAAAGAAGUUUUUGAGAAAAUAUUGAAAAGAUUAAUUCAAGAAUAUACAGAAGAAAAUGGAGACUUUUCAUGGUUGCAAGCUUACAAAAGCUCCGAUUUCACAGAGAUUGAUUAUAACAUUGCAAGUAAUAAAUUUCCACCCAAAAAUCGCGAGUCCAAGUUUCGUGAGGAAUUGGAGCGGAGAAAACCUGAGUAUACAAUGUAUGAGCCAUAUAAAGUUUAUUGUGCAACAUGGAAUGUGAAUCUUAAUCAACCUGUCGAAGAUUUAAGCUUAAGAGAGCUUUUAUUUACUACAAAUGAUGCACCGGAUAUCUAUUGUAUCGGUUUACAAGAAAUCGAUAUGUCUGCUGAAACAAUUAUUAAGAGUGAAACACGUCCUGAUUAUAACUGGAUUGCAAAAAUAUUGGAAGGAGCACAUCCAUCGGAUAUAUACGAAGAACUAGUAACUGUUAGACUUGUUGGAAUGAUGUUGACAAUUUUGGUCAAGAAGUCAAUUCGAUCUUCAAUUUCUAAAAUUUGUACAUCUAUGGUGGGCACAGGAACUUUAAAAUUUGGCAAUAAGGGAGGAGUUGGAGCAAGUUUUCAACUAAACGAAACAUGUUUAUGCUUUGUCAAUUCCCAUUUAGCUGCUCAUGUUCAAGAAUUUGAACGAAGAAACGAAGACCAUGACGAAAUAUUAAGACGAAUGCAAUUUAAUGAUGGAUUUAAAAGCCGAAAUAUUCUUGAGCAUGAUCAAAUCUUUUGGAUUGGCGAUCUCAACUAUCGAAUAACAAUCGCAGAUGAUGACCAAAUUAAAAUGUUUUGUAGUUAUGACAAAUGGUUCUAUUUUGAUCAGUUGCAUAUUGAAAAGCAGAAAAAAAGAGUUUUUAGGGAUUUUCAGGAAGGAAAGAUUACUUUUAAAGCAACAUACAAAUACGAUCCAGGAACAGAUGAAUGGGAUUCGAGUGAAAAAUCUCGUGCUCCAGCCUGGUGCGAUAGAAUCUUUUGGAAGGGCUCAAGAAUUGAACAGUUGGCUUACAAUAGCAUAAUGCAAUUAAGAAUGAGUGAUCAUAAGCCAGUUUAUGGAGUCUUUAUUUCCUAUAUUUUAACACGAGAUGAACAAAAGUUUAAGAAAAUUCACGAAGAAGUUCUUAAAACUGUCGAUAAAUUUGAGAAUGAUAAUCAGCCACAAUUGGUUGUAGCCGAAACAGAUUUAGAUUUUGGCAUCAUACAAUAUCACGAGCAUUAUAGUCGUGAAUUGUUGGUUGCAAAUAAUUGUCACCUCCCAGCUCAUUUUAAGUUCCUUCCAAAAUCUUCCGACAAUCAACGCAAUGAACGAGAGAAAGUUUGUGAAGAUUGGAUUAAAAUUUCACAUCCGAAAGGUGAAUUGCUGACAGGAAAUUCGUUAAGUAUUCGCAUUGAUAUUUUCAUAGAUGAAAUUGCAGCACCGGAGAUAAUGAAAAAACUGUGCGAUGCAAAAACUGGUGUAAAAGGUCCACUCGAUAUUCUCGUGUUACACAUUGAAAAUGGACGAGAUAUAUUUAUAACAAUUUUUGGAGAAUAUCAGCCAAGUGUAUUUGGUCUGAGACUAGACACUUUAAUGAAAUUAAAUAAGCCUGUAUUAGAGUAUUCAUUGAAAGAGCUCAAUGAGAUUGAAUGUGACGUAAACAAUUUAAUACCAUUUUACAACAGUGCAAAGGGUCCACGUGAAAUUUAUUUAAUGAUUGAUUACUUGUAUCGUAAUGGCCUAAACAUCCCCCAUCUUUUUCAUGUUUUAAGAAAACAUCGUUUAAGUCCAAGAAUUUGUGCGAUUCGAGAUUGGCUAGAUACGUGGUCUGUUGAACCAUUUCCUGGAACUCCACAAACAGCUGCAGAAGUUUUAUUAAAAAUUUUCGAAUCAUCACCUGAGCCAUUAGUGACAAUUACUGAAAGAGAGCUUUCCAUCUAUCUACCUAACUUUGAGAGAUGUCGCGAAUUGGUUCAAAAUAAAAUACCUCUAUUGAAUAGAAAAAUAUUUCUAUACCUAAUAAUGUUUCUGAAAGAGAUUCAAAGAAACUAUAUGACCAACGGAAUGGAUGACAGGUCUAUAGCAAAAAUUUUUGCACCUGCUCUGUGCCGUCAUAAACAAGAUCAACUCAGUCAACGAUUCCUCUUGCUAUUUUUAUCAAACGACAUCAAAGAGUUUGCAAAAAUUGAGUUUGACAAGAAUUAGGAAGCAAAAUUUGAUAUUUAUCUGAAAGUGCAUACAUACCACCAUUAUCUAAAUAAAUUGAGGAAUGUCUCAAUUAUGUUUUAUGUUAAAAAAAAUAAAAGAUAGUGAGAAACUGUUUCAUGCCUAUUGUAAAUUAUAAUUUCUGUAAAAGCCAGCAUGAUAAGUACUUAUUUCUCUUCUGUACCUUUACUCUACAUUCCUCUCAACUAUAUAUCUAUGUUAUCUAUUUUUUUUUUUUUUUAUUAUUAUUACUUCUUAACGUAAUAGGUUUCCACUACCUUUUUUUUUCUCAAUCGUUAUUAAUCAUAGAAUGUAAGGUAUUAAAAGUCAUCAGAUAUUAUCAAUAAACUGCAAAUAAGCAAUUGAAACUGGAAUAUAAAAGAUUUCAAUAAAAUUUAUGAAAAAGA